AUGAUAAUUGAAGUAUUCAGCGACAUGGUUACAGUUUGGAUCUACAAGUGGCCGAUGGGUCUUGCUUUGUUGAUACUUUCUGCGGCCUUGUUCACGUACAUGAUCACCAUUCAUUCUUCAUGGAAACUGUUCACCAAGGAUCAAGAUGGCAGAGAGCCCCCGACUGUGCCGUACUGCAUUCCAUAUUUGGGCAGUUUUCUCGGGUUUGUGAGUAACAUGGAUGGGUUUAUCGAAAACGCUAGCCGCCACUUUGGCAGAAAUGUUCCCUUCGCAGUUAAAUUAGGACCAUUCAAGGCGUUUGUGGUGCAGAAGCCUGAGUACCUGUCUCAAAUACUCAAUGCUGGCCGAACCCUUACCAACAAGCCCUACAUCGCACCUGCGAUGAGUCAACUAUUCGGAACACCGAAAAGCAUGAUUUCGUUCUAUCGCGACGACAACAGUGGCGUGGGAGGGACACCACUUCCUGGGACCGACCGACCAGCUCACCAGCGCGUCUGGGCGCACCACCAUCAUUCAGCAUCAGUGUAUCUCAGCGGUGAUAGUCUGCGAUUCUUGGGAGAUCGAUUCAUCAGCGUGCUUAGUGAGGCACUCUCCACGGGCGUGCCGAGCGACCCCGUCGACUCAGGCAAGUGGGUGGAACUACCCGAUUUUUACCUUUGGUGGAGAAAGCGCGUUUUUCGAGCUUCAGUGGAGGCCAUGUUCGGGCCACACCUCCUUCGCAUCUAUUCGCGCCUGGAAGAGGACUUCUGGAUAUACCACACUGGGAUCCCUAAGAUGCUCAAAUUCUACCCCAGGUUCCUCUGGCCAGAGCCUUAUGAAGCCCGUGAUAGGAUCCUGGACGGCCUCGAGCGAUGGCACGAUUUUGCCCGAGAGCACUCCAAUCCUCAUCUCGCCACCGACGACGAGCGGCCAGAUGACGAGUACUGGGGCUCCGCAUGGAUCCGCUACCGCUAUCGCUGGGGCCAGAAUACAAAGAUUCUCGACAGGCGGGCCCUUGCCGCCGAGGACUUGACCAUGUUGACCGCAGCAAAUGCAAACGCCAUCCCCAUGGCCUUUUGGUACUUGGCACACAUACACAGCGAUCUAGAGCUUCGGGAACGCGUGUUGAAUGAGCUACAUCCAACCCCGAUCAUCAACAAAGGGCCGAUCAACUUCGAGCUGGCCAGGAUACUGAACGCACCACUGAUACAGUCCGUAUUCGCCGAGGUCCUACGCCUAUACGCAUCGUUCCUGCUCACGCGGAUGGCGGACGGCCCGGACCCACAGGACACAUACCUAGGCCCAUGGAAGAUCGAUCGUCGUGGGAUUCUGGCUCUGUCAACGGCGUCUGCGGCGCGUAACACCGAGGCAUGGGGCGAGGAGAGGACCAGGGAGCCGCUCAACAGCUUCUGGGCUGAGCGCUUCCUUACUCGCGGCAAAUUCUCCUUGGAAAGGCUGUCCGGUGCCUGGAUACCUUUUGCCGCUGGUACCCUCAUGUGUCCUGGCCGUCACUUGGCCAAGCAGGAGAUCAUUGGCAGUGCCGCUGUGUUUGCAGCCUACUUUGAAUUGGAGAUGCUUGACCCAGUGCCGCCAAUGGAUAGCUACCACUACUAUGGGAUGGGAACACAACCGCCUGCCAAGCCUUGUAGAGUGCGUAUUAGACGCAAGGUUGGCGCGAAGAUGAGUUAG